CCAGGAGGGCAGCCGUCACGCAAGAUUAAGGAUGUGAUUUUGAAUUAAUGAAUCCUAGAAGGGGGCCUCCGUAACUUCUGCAGGCGCCUGUGCUUCUCACAUGGCAGAGGAGGCGGCGAGACCGGCGAUCGAAAGCAGUAAGAGCAGGUUCCCUCCUGUUCUCAGUGAUGAUUAAAAAGCCAGGAGGAAAAACCGCCCCGAUGUGGACAGACAGGAGGUCUAUGGGGCAAUCUUACCCCCGGGUCACAAAUAGACAGUGAUGAUAAAUAGACACUGAGGAUCAACCCCCAAAUACAAUGUGAGGCCUCAUUCUGGGCAGAUUGUACCCACCUCAGAUGGUCUCUCGAGGCGUCUGUCCCUUUGUGAUCCACUUGGGGAAUUCUCUUUGACUUGUGAUCCCAAUACAAUAGUGAAUUGGGCCACAUGUCCCCAGCAUUACAGCUUCUGCUCGGGAUGGGGUUGGGUCACUUGGCACAUUUUCACAGCUGCACCUUUGAGACGUCUUUCAUCCUGCCAACCAAAGUGAUUGCUUAGGACAACAUCUUGGGACAGGCUAUGGCCAGGGAUGCCAAUGGGUUAAAUUCUACUCCCUGUAAAGUGAGGAACAAGACAGUGGAAUAAAUGAUGCCCCGUAAAUUCCCCAUGAACUCAGGCCAUGGAAAGACCAAACAAGCUAACCUGAAUCACUCUCAGAGCCACUCACUGUCUCAAAAGCUUCUUGACAAUAAGUCCAGCGGCUGCACUGCUCACUGUGCCCAGAAGCUGAGAGCAGAGAAGCGGUGAGAGGCAUAAGGCAGCGUUUCAGGAGUCCAGAUGGUGAUGGAGAACGUCUCUUCCUCUUCGCUGUUCUCAACCAGCUCCACCACUCAGCAUGAAAACUCCACUAUGUCCAAUGACUUCUCUGGCCUCCAAAAGAGCAUGCAUAUCCUUUCCAUGGUGGUCUACAGCAUUGCGUGUCUGCUGGGGGUGACGGGCAAUGGCCUUGUCAUCUGGAUCGCUGGCUUCAAGAUGAAGAAGACAGUUAAUGCCGUGUGGUUUCUAAAUCUGGCUGUUGCUGAUUUCAUCUUCACCUUUUUUCUGCCCUUCAGCAUCGCCUACACUGCCCUGGGCUUUCACUGGCCAUUUGGGAAACUCCUGUGCAAACUGAACAGCACCGUUGCCUUCCUCAACAUGUUUGCUAGCGUCUUCCUCCUAACAGUGAUCAGCAUAGACCGGUGCAUUUCGGUGAUCUGCCCUGUGUGGUCUCGUAACCACCGGACACCAAAGUUGGCUUCCAACAUUGCCCUGGUCACAUGGGUCCUAGCCUUCAUCAUCAGCUCUCCGUAUCUUGUUUUUCGAGACACGGCUACUAAUUCGAAGAACGUCACGAGCUGUUACAAUAACUUUGCCCUGUCUGAUGACUAUAAAUCUGAGGCGACACGUCGGCUGUGGAGAAUGAGGCACAAAGCUAUGAUCGUAACCAGAUUCUUAUGUGGGUUCCUCAUCCCCUUCACCGUGAUCCUCGUCUGCUACAGCAUUAUUGCCGUCAGGAUGAAAAGGAGCCAUCUAGCCAGGUCUACUAAGCCUUUCAGGAUCAUUGUUGCUGUCACAGUGUCUUUUUUUCUCUGCUAUUUCCCGUACCAUGUCUUCUGCUUGCUGGAAAUGUCUAAAAACUCUUCCAAUCAGGAACUGAAAAUGGCCCUUUACAUAGGGAUCCCCUUGGUUUCCAGUCUUGCCUUCUUCAACAGCUGUAUCAACCCCAUCCUCUAUGUCUUUGUGGGGCAGGACUUCAAGGAGAAGUUCCGACAGUCCAUCCUCUCUGCCUUCGAGGGGGCCUUCAGUGAGGACUCCAUCCUGACCACUCUGGCCAGCAAGAGAAAAUCCAGAGCCACUUCUGAAGCAGAAGUUCCAGGGGUUUAAUCAGUAGCUAAUGGCCCAAAUUUUAGUGGUAAGUUACAGGAGACCAAGUUCUGUCCUCUGCCACACCAGGGCAGUUCCCGUGGAUUUCAGUUAGAGUUGUAUUGUGUCACUGAAGGCAGAAAUGGGCUCUGAGUGAUAAAGAAGUGUGAUUUGCUCCAGUUUGGAUGUGCAAAGCCCAAGGUGGACUUACACACCAAGGAGGUGAAACAGCUAGAUGGAGCGGGGCUGUAGAAUGAAAAGCAACUGACAGAGGGUUGUUAAAUAAGUAGCAACCCCCUGCCACAUACACUUUACACUCUCCCGUUGGUUGCUUUUCCUGCUAUUUCCCCCUUUUUCAUUUCCCUCUGUGUGUAAGUUGCACUCAUUUUGACACACCCAUGGAGGACCAGAUCAGUGCAAGUUAUUCUGUUUUUGCCACUUCUGCUCAUUUUUAACUUGCAACAUAAGCACUGAAUGUGGCCCAGAGAAUGUAAUGGCAGGCGGGUUAUACCCAGUCUGCACCUGGCCCGUUAUUUCUAGAUAAAGCUUGUCUGUUUUAUUGCCCUGCCUUCACUGAUACCCGCUGCAGUGUUGCCUUGGAAAAAAGCUAAUAUUUGCUUAGCAAAAUGUGUUCCACAAUACCCAUGUUUAAAAGAUUAAGGUGCCAUUUCAGGUUUCCUUUACCAGCAGUCAGACGGUACCAGUAAUCAGUUCUGCGUUGCUCAUCUUCUAUACAAACGUCCAGGACGUGAAGAGCCAGCCCUUUAGACCUAAUGGCUUGUGCAUUUUGUUAUUUUGUUGAUCCGCUGACAGGUCUCCCAGCAUCUUCCUUAUCUUACUUGGGUUCCCCAUAAAGAAAUAUUAGGAUCCUCUUCACAGUGACUCGUCUAACAAAUGUCUUCUAUCCAGCGUCGCCUCGGGGGUGACCUUGUGGAUUCUGAUGCAUACACCCAGGGCCGAACCCCACUUAUAUUUACAGCUGUGUAGCCUGACUUUGGUCCGGUGGCAGGAGUGUAGCUGUAACUGUUGCCAAGUGUCCUACAAACUGCUCUUUGCAGAGGUCCCAAAAUGCUUGGGCACCACUCAGUGGCAACAUAGUGCAUUGCUGCUCCUAUAUAUAUAUAUAUCCACACACAUAUAUAUAUCAGAAGAUAAUCUGAUACGUCCUGUUUACAAAUAAGUUAGAUCAGCAGAUGUGAAGAUCCUUUUUCAUGUCAUGUAUUUUUAUCUGGUGCACUGGUCCUAGUGAACUAGAGGGCUUAGGAGAAAAUAACCUGUUCAGCAAAAAGGUGGCUGGAAGACACUGUAGGAUCCACAAGGAUUAUUGAUCCUCUUCACAUUGUGUCCUUAUCCUCGUUGAUGCUAUCGUGUAUGGGCAUGAUCCAAAAUGUACUGAAGUCAAUAGAAAG